UGUUCAGUCCUCGGGUCAACAAUAAAAUCUUGUGUAAUUUUUUCACUUUGCACAGCCUAAGCCCAACCAAAACAACAACAAAAAGAAAACUAAAUAAUGGGUGGUUGUGCGAGUAGACCCAAGGAAUCAGACAUGAACAACGAAGAAAGCUCUGUUCCUAACAAGCCUGUUUCUGAAACCGUUGUACAGGAAAACAACACAGAAGAAAGCAGUGAGAAACAGAACCAGACAGAGACUGAAACAACUUCUGUCGAACCUAAAGAAGCAUCUGAGGUCGAGCCGACCAAGGAAACAUCUCCUGCUGCUGAGCCAGAGGUUGCAGCGGCCGUGGAAGAGUCAUCUUCUGCUGGUAAGGCUGCAGCACCUGAGAAUGUGGCUGCAACAGAAAACGCUGAAGCAGCGGUGGAGGCGGUUGUCGUUGCUACACCGGAAAAGGUUGAGUUUGACGUGGAAACCACGAAAACGGCCGAGGCUGAACCGGUUAAAGAAGAGAAAGAAGCGGUUGUCGCUGUUUGAUUGAUUAAAUCCGUGAGAAUAUUUUGAAUGUUGUUGUAUACCACUUUGAUUUGAUUUGCUACUAACUGAUUUAAUCGGCUUCGUUUGUUCUUUGUAUUUCACAAUGAUUAUUCUUUGAUUCAGUUAAAUAUAAAUCAGUUUUGCU